AUGGAACUUCCGGAAGUAUUGCGAAUGGAAUUCAGCUAUACAUGUACAUACUGGAAAGCUUGGAAAGCGAAAGAACUAGCAAUUGCGUCUGCGCAAGGAACAGAAGAGGAGUCUUACAAGAUGCUACCACAGUACUUCCACGCAUGUAUUGAUGGGUGGAAGCAUCUGCGGAAGGUCCGUGUGGUGGACGGCACCCACAUGUUUGGGAAGUAUAAAGGGGUUUUGCUUAGUGCCAGCGGGCAAGAUUCAAAAAGCUACAUAUUCCCUGUUGCUUUCGCAGUGGUGGAUAGCGAGAACGGGGAUUUUUGGAAGUGGUUUUUCGAGAGGUUGUCAACUAUUGUAGAAGAUACUUGUGAAUUAAGUAUAAUUUCCGAUCGAUGCGCCGUAAUUUUUGCAGCUAAAGAGAAAUGGUAUCCACAUGCACACCAUGGUAUUUGUCUUGUAAACCUUCAGCGAAACGUGUCUGACAAGUAUAAAGGGCUGCAACAGAAGGAUAUGGUCGGCAGAGCAGGGGAAGCAUUCAAGGUUUCAGAAUUUAAUAAGCUCUACGAGCUUAUAAAGCUUACGGAUUGGAGAUGUUGGGAUUAUUUGGAGAAAAUCGACCGCAAGUUGUGGACACGUUCACAUUUCGAAGGGAAGAGGUAUAACAUGAUGACUUCAAACAUUGCCGAAUCUUUGAAUAAUGCUCUGAUUCCAGCGCGUGAUAGUCCUAUAAUGGCCCUGCUAGAGUUUAUUCGACGGAUGCUGACUAGAUGGUAUGAGAGCAGACACUGCGAGAUCAGUAAGAUGAAGGGAAAUAUUCCAAAGGAUAUUGAACCAAUACUGGUUGAACAGUUAGUUUUGUCUACGGGCCUUCUGGUUUUGCCAUGUUUCACUUGGGAAUUCGAAGUUACACACGCCCCAACUGGAUUUGGUUUCACUGUUGAUCUGGAAAAAUGGACUUGCACGUGCCUAGAAUUCCAGAUGCUUGGGUUGCCAUGCCGACACGCCAUUGCUGCUGCUUCUUCUCGGAAAAUGGAAUAUAGCCUGUUUGUUUCUGAAUACCAUGUGAAACAAACAUGGGCUGAAACUGUAAAUGGUAUCAUACUACCUAUUCCAGAUCCAAAAGACGUCUUUGUUCCCGCCGAAAUACUAAAGGUCAAGCUUUAUCCACCAAUGACCAAAAGAACGAAGGGAAGGCCAUACAUUAAAAUGAAACUUUCAGCCAGAGAGUUUCCGGAAGGUAUCCGUGAGGGUUUAGAAUCAACAAAGUUUGCAACGCUUGGAGCACUCUUUCAAGAAGUAGCCGAAGUGGAAGAGAUUCUGGAUAAGGAGAAAACUGCGGAAAACCAUCGUCGACAACGUAAGAGAAAGAGUUGGAUGAUCGACCCGGAAGAUGAGUACCCCUGGGACCAACCGGAAGAGUUAUUACUAGUGUCAGAGAGUGAAGACGACUGGCUGUAUGAAGGAGAUACGCAAGGUGAAGUUGACGAAGAUGACAUGAGUGACAAUGCGCUGGUUUCUGGCGAGUUGAUGAUCUACGAGGACACCGACGAGGAAGGUGAACACGUCGCUGUUGAACAAACCCGUUCCGGCAGCGGCCCUAGCGAAGCAGGUGCUGGCUCCACCGCAUCAGGUGCUACAUCUGGCUCGAACAGCACCGUCUUAGGAGACUCCGUCGUAGGAGGCUCCGUCGCUGACUUAAGCGCCUCCGGAGUAGCCUCCGUCUCUGGCUCUAACUCAGCCGGAUUUGGCUCCUUUGCUGAUUCCUGUCUAACGAGCUCAACUAUUUUGGACGUGAUUUCGUCAUGA